AUGAUCCCCCAGAACCGGUCAGAGUCCGAGAUGGAUGAGAAAGAGAAUUCGAAGGAAAACGAGACCCAAGACAGAAACAGGCGCACUGCUCCUUCAGAUUCAGAACGUGGUUCCAGUUCUGAGAGUUCCAGAAAGCGGAAGAUGGAUUCCAGGGACCGCACCUGCGAUGGAACAGGGUCCUCUCCAGAUGAACCCAGUGUGACUUCGGAAAACAAGAAACGGAAGGUGCUUGAGUCUGGCCGGAGCAGCUCCAGCGAAGAGACCCAGGUUCCUCACUCCAGAAGACCCCACCCAAGGCGCCCUGGGCACAGCCGGCGGCCCAGAUCCAGGUCCCCCGAAGACCAGCCACCUCCACUCCGGAAGAGCCUCGUGACCUCCCUGCGCUAUAUGUCCGAGGCCAUUUAUCAGAGCAUAGUCCACAUGCACAAGCAGCCGGGCUAUUCCCCGCAGUGCUGGCAGCGGCUGGCCCAGCUCCGGGGCCCUCUGUGGGCCGCGGCGCAGACCAUGUACACCAUGGCCAACCAGGCUGCCUAUGCCUUCCCCGCCGAGGGCUGGCUCUCCCCGACCCCAGCGCCAACCAAGGAUGGAGGAGAAGGGCCCAGCUCCGAGGCCAGUCCACCUCUUCCCUAG